GAAUCAGGACCAGAGUUGUGAACAAAGUAUCAACUUCAAAGGGAAGAUUCUUGUAAGGAUGGACCCACACCAAAAGGUUUCUAGCAUGUAUAAUGGGGAUUCUUUACAGAUUCCUGAGUAUGAAAAAGUCUCACAGUAUAUGAACCAGUUAAAAAAGCAUGAAGGCAGGGCCACAGAAGAAAGACGGUAUAAAUGCAGUGAAUGUGGAAAAAAAUUUGCCCAGAGCUCAGGCCUUGUCCGACACCGGAGAAUUCACACUGGAGAGAAACCUUAUGAGUGUGAUCACUGUGGAAAAGCCUUCAGUGUUCGCUCAACCCUCACUGUGCACGAAAGAAUCCAUACUGGGGAGAAGCCCUAUACUUGUAACGAAUGUCAGAAAGCCUUCAGUGUGAGGGCACACCUGAUUGUACACCAGAGAAUCCACAAUGGAGAGAAGCCCUAUGACUGCAAUGAGUGCGGCAGAGCAUUUAGCGUGAGCUCAGACCUUAUUAAGCAUCAGAGAAUCCAUACUGGAGAAAAACCAUAUGAGUGUGGUGAGUGUGGAAAAGCUUUCAGUGUGAGCUCAGCCCUCAUCAAACAUCAGAGGAUCCACACAGGAGAGAAGCCAUAUGAAUGUAAGGAGUGUGGGAAAGCCUUCUAUGUGAACUCAGCCCUUAUUAAUCACCAGAGGAUUCACUCUGGAGAAAAGCCCUAUGAGUGUGGAGAGUGUGGAAAAGCAUUCAGUCAGAUCUCAACCCUUAUUCACCACCAGAGAAUCCAUACUGGAGAAAAACCAUAUGAGUGUGAUGAGUGUGGAAAAGCUUUCCGAGGGAGCUCUAAUCUUACUAAACACCAGAAAAUACAUGCCAAAGGAAAGUGUCAUAACUGAUGCAUGUGGUGAAGAUACUCCAGAGGCCUUUUGUUGCAUCAAAAGAACAGUAUGAUUAAAAAAAAAAUUAGUAUCUUAAUUGACACUUCCUCUCUUGGAAUAUUGGAGGAGCAAGAAGUCACUAAAAGCGGUUCCAUCAGCACAGUGUUUAAGGCUGUAAAAUCAUAUCUCCUUCAUAGAAUGCAGUUUUACAAUCCAUAAGGAUGGAGGUUUGCAUAUCGAGUCUUUUGGGAGGAGAAUAUCUUGUGAGGAUCAGCAUUGAAGUAAUGCCAUAUCCCACCCCAAAC